GGAAGAUUUGAAGAAGAAGAAUUGCCAGCAGGGAGACGCAGAAACUACAUUAUAUAUACAAAAUAUAUAGUUUCUAGCGUAAUUGCUGCCAACACAAGGGGUCCAGUGGUUACUUCACUAGCACUCCCACACACCACCAACAAUGCAGUCCGGGGUUCUGGCUAGGCCAUGUCUGGCGAUACUCCUGCUGGCGGGCGUCGUCCUGGUGACCGACUGCUUCUACGUGCCCGGCGUGGCGCCGGUGGAGUUCGUCCAGGACCAAAAGAUCGACGUGAAAGCCGUGAAGAUGACUAGCAGCCGCACCCAGUUGCCAUAUCAGUACUACUCGCUUAGGUUCUGUUAUCCCAAGAAUGGCACGCUCAUUUUUAAGUCGGAGAAUUUGGGUGAAGUACUGCGCGGCGACCGAAUCGUCAAUACGCCUUACGAGGUGCGGAUGAACCAGCAGGUCAACUGCCGGCUGUUGUGCAACCAGAAGGACAGGCCGCUCACCUGGAGCAAGGAGGACUCCGCACUGGUUGCGGAGCGCAUCCAGCACGAGUACUUUGUGCAUCUGCUCGUGGACAAUCUGCCGGUGGCCACGCGCAUUGUCAGCGUUAACAAUCCCGCGGAGGUGACCUACGAGCAUGGUUAUCGGCUGGGCCAAGUGGACGGGGAAAACAUCUACAUCAAUAACCACCUGAAGUUUAUCCUAUCCUACCACAUGCACUCCAAGGAUAAGUACCGUGUGGUUGGCUUUGAGGUGGAAACCGUUUCGGUCAGUCACAAAGAGCUGAAGUUCCAUGGGGACACCUGCACCUUCCCAGACAGCGCCCGUCCGCAGCUGGUCAAUCCGAACGGAGAGACGCAGCUGUAUUUCACGUACUCUGUGGAAUGGAAGGAGUCCAAGGUGAGCUGGGCCUCACGAUGGGACAUCUACCUUGGCAUGCGCGAUGUCCAGAUCCAUUGGUUUAGCAUCAUCAACUCGCUAGUGGUGGUCUUCUUCCUGUCUGGCAUUCUCACCAUGAUUAUGAUUCGCACCCUGCGCAGAGACAUUGCCCGCUACAAUACAGAUGACAAUAUUGAAGAUACGUUGGAGGAGACCGGUUGGAAGCUGGUGCAUGGAGACGUAUUCCGUCCGCCCAAGAAUACUAGGCUGUUUUCAGCGAUUAUCGGCAGUGGCAUUCAGAUCUUCUUUAUGGCCCUCAUCACCAUAUUCUUUGCCAUGUUGGGCAUGCUGUCGCCAUCGUCGCGUGGCGCCCUCAUGACCUCGGGCAUCUUUAUGUACGUCUUCAUGGGCACCAUUGCAGGAUACUAUGCUGCCCGUCUCUACAAGACCAUGAAGGGUCGCGAGUGGAAGCGGGCCGCCUUUCUCACCGCUACUCUGUAUCCAGGCAUUGUCUUUGGCACUGGAUUCUUCUUGAACUUUUUCAUUUGGGACAAGUCGUCUAGCGGUGCCGUGCCCUUUACCACCAUGAUCUCACUGCUGCUGCUCUGGUUUGGCAUCUCUGUGCCCCUGGUCUACCUGGGCUUUUAUUUGGGCUACCGCAAGCAACCCUACCAGCACCCAGUGCGAACCAAUAUGAUUCCGCGACAAGUGCCCACCCAGCACUGGUACAUGAAUGCGGUUUUAAGCACUCUGAUGGCGGGCAUCUUGCCCUUUGGCGCCGUCUUCAUUGAACUCUUCUUUGUGUUCACUGCCAUCUGGCAGAAUCAGUUCUACUACCUGUUUGGCUUUCUCUUCUUGGUGUUUUGCAUCUUAGUCGUAAGCUGUGCCCAGAUCUCUAUAGUAAUGACUUAUUUCCAGCUCUGCGGUGAGGACUACCGCUGGUGGUGGCGCAGUUUUGUUGUGUCUGGCGGGUCGGCCGUUUAUGUGCUUUUUUAUAGCAUCUUCUACUUUUUCACAAAGCUGGAGAUCACAGAGUUCAUACCGACGCUGCUCUACCUGGGCUAUACGGGUCUUAUGGUACUCACCUUUUGGCUGCUAACUGGCUCGAUUGGCUUCUUCGCCGCCUACGUUUUCAUUCUAAGAAUCUAUGGAGCUGUGAAGAUCGACUAAGCUGUGUCACCCACUCGUCACGCUGUACACCAAACUAUCUUUGCAAUAUCAUUCGAUCAUAAAUAUAUUUAUAGAGCAACUGAACCCAGUCUCGUCCAGCUGCAGAAAUCAAUACAAACAAAACGGAAACUAAGCGAAAACUCGACGACUCAGCCAUGUGAGCUAACUUCCCCUUCUUGUCCCCAGCUGCAGAAAGCAACCAUUUACUAAGUCAAAACGCCUAAUUUAGCAAGUACGUUUUGGAUCCCCGGAAGUGGCUCGAUUUGCAGGAGCGUGAGCGUUGCGUUUUAGAAUCAAUCUAGAAAUGCCUAAUUUAUAUAUGUAUGUAAAGAAUCUAAUCUAAGCAACUGAUAUAAAACAAACAAAAAUCAAAUAAACUAAGCUUAAUGUACGACA